CGAAGAAAUGGAAAGCGCCUUCUGAUUGAAACCCCCAACCAACUCUCUCUCUCACCUGUUUUGAUGAUGCUCGGAGCUGCUCAAUUCACCGUCGCCGAUCGCUCGAAUGCCGUCUCCCCGAUCCCAAAUACUCGCCCAGCUCUUUCUUCUUCUUCUUCAUCUUCCUCCUCCUCUAACAGCUUCGAUUCCGUCGUUUUCCGGUUAGGCUUCCGAGCCAGACGCCGCCAGCGUGGACUCAAAUCGAUCCGCAUUGCCUGCAACUCCUCCGCUCGCGACAGAUCCACCGAUACCGAUCAUCGCGAUUACGAGUACAUUCAGGCCUCCCUAUUGCUUUCAGAAACUAUAUCUCACUACCGUAUGCAAAAAAGUGGAUUUCAAGAAGAGACGAAUUGGAAUUCCUCCAGAAAAUUGCGGCCGUUUUCGGUGCAAGCAACCCAGCCCCGGAGUGUUUUGGAUAAACUAGGCAGGAACUUUCUCCAGCGAUUCCAAAGUCCUACCAUCUUCCUCAAGAUUUCGUGUGACGGAGACUUUUUGCUUCCAGUUGUUGUAGGUGAAUUUGCGAUAGAGAAUCUCAUUAAUGGCCACUGGGGAGAUGAUAAUGGGGAUUCUCCUGACCACUUUCAGCUUGUGAAAAAUCUUGUCGAGAAACUUGACCAUCAAGUGAAUAUGGUGAGAAUCACAGAAAGAGUGCUAAAUACUUACUCUGCCAGAUUGUACUUUACCAAGCCAGGCCAAAGUGACAUUCUUAGUGUGGAUGCCCGUCCAUCAGAUGCCAUAAACGUUGCAUAUAGAUGCAAGGCGCCCAUAUAUGUAAAUAAACAGAUUGUUUUAAAAGAUGCUGUAAGAAUCAGUUAUGGGAUAGGAAGAAUGCGUGAUAUGAAGUCUACUUACGAUGUCUCUCUUGAUAGUGCUGCAGAUGGUCCCAAUUUAUUAGCUCAAGAACUUGUUUUGCUGAAGAAUAUCGAAUCAGCUAUCAAAGAAGAAAGAUAUAGGGAUGCAGCAAUGUGGAGAGACGAACUAGUCAAACUUCGCAAGUCGAGUCCAGGGCAUUAAGGUUAAUUUGCUUCUAAUAAGUUGCUGCUUUCUUGCAUACACAUGAGGAUGUACCACUAGGGAAGAGUCCCUGUUACGCCUUCUUGCCUUCUAGACUUCUGGCAUAGCAUUUUAGUAGAAGCUUUAGUUUAAGGACCUCCUUUGUGAAUAAUUCAGGGACUUUUAUUAAGUGUACAGUUUCAUAGUAUAUAGCCCACAAGUAUCUACAUGUGGUCACAUAUUCAGAUAGAAUCUCAAACCAGAAUGAAUUCAAUUUUCUUUGGAAUUGCAUAUUAACAGUUGUAAACUUGGCAAAAAUGUGGAAUGAGAAGAAAUAACGAUUUGUGUUACUUAAUUGUCUUGCCAUUUCUUUGAUAAUACUUACACUUAUGCAAGGGUGCUUGUACUGAAAUUUGGGCCGAGUUCUGCAUUCUUUACCGUUCUAAAGAUGUGUUUAUUUUUGAAUCCUCGACAACCACAGCUAUGGAGGAUCAUCUCAAGGUCAGUUAAGAUGUUUAUGAACUUCAAUCACACAACUAAUGGACUUGAAAGUUGAAACCAAACCCUUUUGGGCAAAACUCAUUUUGCUAACCACAAUAGUAUAUUAUCGUGUAUUGCAUGAUUCGAUGAUUGUUCAUCA